AUGACGGCCGUUAGCGAAGAAAACCACAAGAAGCGAAAGCUGCUCGACGGCCCUGAACUCGAGAUCGAUGUUUCUGCGCCUGAGCCCCCCUCGAAGAAAGCUCUGCGUAAAGCUAAGAAGAAAUCUGGUGACACAGAUACGAAAACCUCUGAUGAUUCGUCGAAACCAAGCGCGGACUCCAAAACCGAAAACCCCGCAGAGACUGAAGCCACUCAGAAACGCUCAGACUAUGGCGUCUGGAUAGGGAAUCUGGCAUUUUCUGUGACUAAAGAGGACCUACGGCGGUUUUUGACGUCUAAUUGUUCGUUCACAGAUGCUACAAUUACCCGAAUUCAUCUUCCCAAGCCUUCAGACAAGAAUUCGAGGGCGCAAAAUAAAGGGUUCGCCUACGUUGACUUUUCUACGCCCAAAGCCGUGAAAGAAGCAUUGGAUCUAAGCGAGCAUCUUGUUACUGGGCGUCGUGUGCUGAUCAAAGAUGCGAAAAACUAUCAGGGUCGACCAGAGAAGUCUCGGGCGGAUGGCAAAGAUGCUGUCUCGGGACGGCCUCCAUCCAAACGUGUGUUUGUCGGUAAUCUCAGCUUUGAUGCCACUAAAGAGCUGCUCGAAGAGCACUUUGCAAAAUGUGGAACCGUUGCCAACGUACACCUGGCCACCUUUCAGGAUUCGGGGAAAUGCAAAGGCUAUGCAUGGGUCGAAUUUGAGGAUAUUCCAGCUGCUGAAACGGCAGUGAGAGGGUUUAAGAUCAUUACAGAAGAUAAUGAGGGUGAAGGAAGUUCAGAGUCAGCGCCCGGAAAACCUACUAAGCCGCAGCGGAGAAAAAUAUGGGUGAAUCAAGUUUUGGGGCGACGCAUGAGAAUCGAGUUUGCCGAAGAUGCGACAACCCGCUAUAAUAAGCGAUUCGGUAAAGGUGGCGACGGGAAGAAGGGAGAUACUGAAAAUAAUGGCGAUGCAGAGCUUGGGGAUUUUGAGGAGGUUGCAGAUGAAGGAAAGCCCCAGCGUAGUCAAACCACAAAGUUCAAGCACGCAAAGCCAGAUUACUCCAGAUAUGAUGAAUCGACAGUGCAAAAGCUAAGUGGUGCUAUUGUUGAGGGCAAGGGAAGGAAGACAACCUUUGACUGA